CGCCCUGCAGGUGGUAUCAAGCUGAAACCAGAUCUUGAGGAUGUAAAGUGCAGUAAACACCAUCUGACUUCAGUCAGAACUGCAUCAUCAUGGAGUUAGAUCUGGGCGCAGCACUUGGAGAUGAUAAGGUGAAGAAAGAAGAGGGCACAGAGGUGGAGGGAAAAAAGGAGAAAACUAAAGACAAGAGCAAAUAUAAGGACAAAAGCAAAGAUAAAGACAAGAGUGAUUCCAAAGAUAAACACAAGGAUAAAGAACAUAAAGACAAGGAUAAAGAACAUAAAGACAAGGAUAAAGAACAUAAAGACAAGCAUAAGGAUAAAGAACAUAAAGACAAACACAAGGACAAAGAGCAUAAAGAUAAAAACAAGGAUAAAGAACAUAAAGAUAAAGAGAAGAAGAAGAAGAAAGAUAAGGAACACAAGAAGGACGGUGAUAAGGACUAAAACAAGGCUGAAGACGUAAUACCUCCAGAAACAAAGUAUAAAAUACCUUAUAAUGUGGUUUUUACAGAGAAACACAAUAUUUUAAAUCUUUUGUCAUUUAGGAAACAAAUAUACACUUGAGGUCUUCAUGGAAGCUGUUCUGAGAUGUAAUUUUAAGACCCUCCACCAGGUGGAGCUACUUACCUGUAAAAUCUUCAUUGAAUGUUUUACGUACUGAAACACUGUAAUAAAUGAGACAGAAUUGGUAAUUA